GUUUCUAAGUUGCUGUGUUGAGAGGAUGCCGUACGCGAACCAGCCUACAGUGCGGAUAACGGAGCUCACUGACGAGAAUGUCAAGUUUAUCGUGGAAAAUACUGACUUGGCAAUUGCUAACUCGAUCCGUAGGGUGUUCAUAGCAGAAGUUCCUACUAUAGCUAUAGAUUGGGUGCAGAUAGAUGCAAAUUCCUCUGUUCUUCACGAUGAGUUCAUAGCUCACAGAGUUGGAUUGAUCCCUUUGACCAGUGAUGAUAUAGUAGAUAAACUGCAGUACUCUAGGGAUUGUACAUGUGAUGAGUUUUGUCCAGAGUGCUCUGUGGAAUUUACUUUGGAUGUCCGAUGCAAUGAAGACCAGACACGCCAUGUGACCUCUCGUGAUCUUGUCUCAAACAACCUCCGCGUUAUACCAGUGACAUCACGAAGCAGAGACAAUGACCCUAAUGACUACGUGGAGCAAGAUGAUAUUUUGAUUGUGAAGCUCAGGAAAGGACAGGAGUUGCGUCUCCGAGCAUAUGCAAAGAAGGGCUUUGGAAAGGAACAUGCCAAGUGGAACCCCACAGCAGGAGUGGCAUUUGAAUAUGACCCAGAUAAUGCACUACGGCACACAGUAUACCCCAAGCCUGAGGAAUGGCCAAAGAGUGAAUACUCAGAAAUUGAUGAAGAAGAGGCUGAGGCUCCAUAUGAUCCAACUGGGAAACCAGAAAGGUUUUAUUAUAACGUGGAGUCAUGCGGAUCUCUUAGGCCUGAGACUAUCGUUCUUUCUGCUCUCUCAGGCCUGAAAAAGAAGCUCAGCGAUCUCCAAACCCAGCUUAGCCAUGAAAUCCAGAGUGAUGUCCUCACCAUUAACUGAGUUCUAGUUCUAUAUAACAUUUUUUUUUUUUUGUACAUGUAAAUAAAAUUUUUCACCCUUU